AUGCGAGGCACGUGUACAAGCAAAACCGGAGCAUCAAAAUCAGCAACAGCAGCCAUCAAAGAUAAUGAUAUCCACAAUAUUGUGCUAUCUUAUCUGGUGCAUAAUUGUUAUAGAGAAACUUUGGAAUCAUUCGUUGCUUGUACUGGGAUGCCAGAGCCUGCAGAUUAUAUUGAGGAUAUGGAGAAAAGGAAAGAGGGGAAUGCACUUAAGGCUAUUGAACUGACAGAACAGUUGGCAUGUGACUUAUUGGAGAAUAACAAGGACUUGCAUUUUGAUCUUUUGAGCCUUCAUUUUGUCGAGCUUGUUUCUGCUAAGAAGUGCACGGAAGCUUUGGAAUUUGCUCAAAACAAGUUGACGCCAUUUGGGAAGGAGCAGAAGUACGUUGAAAAACUUGAAGAUUUUAUGGCUCUGCUUGCUUAUGAGGAACCAGAAAAAUCACCAAUGUUUCAUCUGCUUGGCUUAGAGUACCGGCAGCGUGUUGCAGAUAAAUUGAACCAAGCCAUUCUUGAGUUUCUUGGGUUUUUGGGAUUAAGGACAGUAAAGAAUGGGCCACUUGGGCUUUACAGCUUUUGGGCUUAG